UUUUCAAACCCUCCUAACUUCUUAAAACCCUCUACUCUAUCCACUCUCCGCGCUCUCUCUCUCUCUCUCUCCGUGUGUACGGGUUCUUCAGAGUGAUGAUACACUCUCUCCGACAAUAGAGUCAAUAGCAAUUCACAAAUGGCGAACCUUUUAACUUCUUCACCCCUGCCUCUGAGCUUCUCUUACCCUUCUUCUCCUGCACAGUUCGCAUUUUCGACCUCCCGAAAUGUGAUAGUAUUGGCAUCAGUGGUAUCGUCUCCGGGAAGGAAGACUAGGAGGAAGAAACAGCAGCAGCAGCAUCCGAAUGACGACGCUGCCUCAAUGACGGCGUCGACGGCGGAGAAAGGUCUGAGGUUGGUGUUCAUGGAGGAGCUCAUGGGCCGCGCUAGAAACCGCGACGUCUCUGGGGUUUCCGAAGUCAUUUACGACAUGAUUGCUGCCGGCCUUAGUCCCGGUCCUCGCUCGUUCCAUGGUUUGAUUGUCUCCCACGUCCUUUCCGCCGAUGAUGAAGGCGCCAUGCAUGCAUUGAGAAGGGAGUUGAGUGAAGGCAUUCGUCCUCUCCAUGAAACAUUUGUUGCGUUGAUUCGUUUGUUUGGUUCUAAAGGCUGUGCUACAAGAGGCUUAGAAAUCCUUGCAGCAAUGGAAAAGCUGCAUUUUGACAUUCGCCAAGCUUGGUUGGUUCUUGUUGAGGAACUUAUCAGAAGCAAUCAUCUGGAAGAUGCCAACAAAGUGUUCCUGAAGGGUGCUGAGGGUGGACUGCGAGCUACCAAUGAACUUUAUGAUCUUUUAAUUGAGGAGGACUGUAGAGUUGGGGAUCACUCGAAUGCAUUAACCAUCGCCUAUGAAAUGGAGGCGGCUGGGCGGAUGGCAACUACUUUCCAUUUCAAUUGUCUUCUUAGUGUGCAGGCUACUUGUGGAAUACCUGAAAUCGCUUUUGCAACAUUUGAGAAUAUGGAAUAUGGAGAAGAUCAUAUGAAGCCAGACACAGAGACAUAUAAUUGGGUGAUCCAAGCAUAUACAAGAGCUGAGUCCUAUGAUAGGGUACAAGAUGUUGCUGAGUUACUUGGCAUGAUGAUUGAACAUCACAAACGUUUGCAACCUAAUGCCAACACCUAUGCACUGUUAGUGGAAUGCUUUACCAAGUAUUGUGUAGUACGAGAAGCUAUUCGGCAUUUUCGCGGCCUAAAAAACUUUGAAGGGGGAACAAAAGUUUUACAUAAUGAUGGGAAAUAUGGGGAUCCACUUUCAUUGUAUCUUCGGGCAUUAUGUCGAGAAGGAAGGAUUGUUGAGUUGCUCGAAGCUUUGGAAGCUAUGGCCAGAGAUAAGCAACGAAUCCCCCCUAGAGCAAUGAUUGUGAGCAGGAAAUAUCGGACGCUAGUUAGCUCCUGGAUUGAACCUUUGCAUGAAGAAGCUGAAAUUGGAUAUGAGAUUGAUUAUAUUGCCAGGUACAUUGCAGAAGGGGGGCUUACAGGUGAGCGCAAGAGAUGGGUUCCUCGAAGAGGGAAAGCUCCUUUAGAUCCUGAUGCCCUUGGAUUUGUUUAUAACUACCCCAUAGAAGCCUCCUUCAAACAAAGAUGUCUUGAUGAUUGGAAGGUGCAUCAUCGGAAGCUCUUGAAAACCUUGCGCAAUGAAGGACCUUCUGCUUUAGGAGUUGUAUCUGAAUAUGAUUAUAUCCGAGUCGAAGAGAGACUAAGGAACAUUAUUAAAGGGCCUGACCAAAAUGCUUUAAAGCCUAAGGCUGCUAGUAAGAUGAUAGUAUCUGAGCUGAAGGAAGAGCUAGAAGCGCAGGGUUUACCAACUGAUGGAACUAGAAAUGUUCUCUACCAGCGUGUCCAAAAAGCAAGGAGAAUAAAUCGCUCAAGAGGUCGGCCCCUUUGGGUGCCUCCCGUGGAAGAGGAAGAAGAAGAGGUUGACGAAGAGCUGGACGAAUUAAUUUCCAGAAUAAAGCUGGAAGAAGGAAAUACUGAGUUCUGGAAACGCCGUUUUCUUGGAGAAGGGUUAAAUAAUGAUCAUGACAGGCCCAUUGAAUUAAAUAAAUCAGAAGAUAUAGAUGUCAGGGAUGACACCACUGAUGUUGAGGAUGUUGUGAAAGAGGUUGAAGAUGAAGAGGCAGAUGAAGAGGAGGAGGAUGUGGAGCAAACUGAAAUUCAAGUAGGUGACAGGGUCAAGGACAAGGAAGUUGAAGCUGCGAAACCUCUUCAAAUGAUUGGGGUCCAAUUGUUGAAAGAUUCUGACAUGACAGCGUCUACCACAAGAAAAUCGAAGAAAAAACUUUCUCGAAUAUCAAUGGAGGAUGAUGCUGAUGAUGACUGGUUUCCAGAGGAUAUAUAUGAGGCAUUUAAGGAGUUGAGGAACAGGAAAGUGUUUGAUGUAUCUGAUAUGUACACUAUUGCUGAUGCUUGGGGUUGGACAUGGGAAAAAGAACUCAAGAAUAAAACUCCUCAAAGAUGGUCGCAACAAUGGGAAGUCGAGUUAGCAGUAAAAGUAAUGCUGAAGGUAAUAGAAUUGGGUGGAACACCAACUAUUGGGGAUUGUGCUAUGAUACUGCGUGCAGCUAUAAGGACUCCUAUGCCUUCUGCUUUCUUGAAAAUUUUGCAGACGUCACACAGUCUUGGUUAUAUCUUUGGGAGUCCUUUGUACGAUGAAAUAAUCAUGUUGUGCGUUGAUCUCGGGGAACUUGAUGCAGCAGUUGCUAUAGUUGCAGACUUGGAAUCUAGUGGAAUCACAGUACCAGACGAAACCUUAGAUAGGGUUAUUUCUGCUAGACAGGUAGCCGAUAAUGAUGUUGAUGAUGCAUCCUGACUGACUGGUGCAGUUCAUAUUCUUGUUGUAUAGUUUAAUUUUUUUCAUAAUAGUGAUGGCAUUUAAUGUCACAAAAAUCAGUGCUCAAGUUGGCCGAUGUAUUGACAACAUUAAAAUGCAGUUGCUUCCAUUUGGGGGCUUACUAUUUUUACAUAGCCCUCCCUCUCUCAUUUAUUUGGAAUCAAGAAUCGACAACUCUUACUAUCCCCAA